UAGCCAACACUGGUUUUAUCUCAUCCCUGGUAGAGUUUUUGCGACCAGACGCGGAACGAAAAGAGAAAAACAUUCAAGACCUAAUUUGUAUUACCAAACCAAGAAAAUGGCCGAUGUGUUGGACAUAGACAAUGCCGAGGAGUUCGAGGUGGACGAGGAUGGCGACCAGGGCAUAGUACGCCUAAAGGAGAAGGCGAAGCAUCGCAAGGGACGCGGUUUUGGCAGCGACAGCAACACGCGCGAAGCCAUCCACAGCUACGAACGGGUGCGAAACGAGGACGACGAUGAGCUGGAGCCAGGACCACAGCGCUCUGUGGAGGGCUGGAUUCUGUUCGUGACCUCCAUACACGAGGAGGCGCAGGAGGACGAGAUCCAGGAGAAAUUCUGCGACUACGGCGAGAUCAAGAAUAUCCACCUCAACCUGGAUCGGCGAACGGGCUUCUCAAAGGGCUAUGCUCUCGUGGAGUACGAAACCCACAAGCAGGCGCUCGCCGCCAAGGAGGCGUUGAACGGGGCAGAAAUAAUGGGACAGACCAUCCAGGUGGACUGGUGCUUUGUAAAGGGACCCAAGCGGGUGAAGAAGUCCGACAAGCGCCGCAGAUAGAGCCCUCCCCUCGACGACUCCCGGCCAAACGAAUACAUGUUUAAUUAGUUUAAUGCAUAGGCAACCGUACAAAGUCUGUAUGAAAUGAAAUAAAGGAUACUAAGAACUUAAAAACUAAAA